AGCGCUUAACAGGUCGCAUACAACAUACGGCGCUUUACAAGACGGAACACUGCAUGUAUAACAGGCUAUUCUGGUUAUAGCUUAGCACCAUCCGUGGCUCAUUUCGAAACACGGCCCAAAAGCCACCCAAUCAGUCUGGGUUCUAGGGUUGCCUGGCUUCAAGUUGGAACUUGUUGCACGCUGCAUCAGGGAAUCUAUUGCCUUGCCUUGAAAUUCCUUCGAUGCGGUGAUUCUUGGUUACCAUUACCGUCACAGUGUCGCGCUAUGCCUCCAGACAGUCCAAUUGAACGCUGCCGCUCACAACAGCUGCCACGUAAGGCGCUGUCAUUGCUCGCUUUGCCGCACGAGGUACUAUGCCUCAUCUGCGCGCAGCUGUGCCCUCACUGUCGCGGAGUCGACCCGGAGGAACAAUUUUCAGCCACUUGGGCGGAAAUCCAGGCUCCUCAUGCAGUCUCACAAACAUGCACCACCCUCAGAAAUAUUGCGCAGCCGCUUCUGUACCACCUACCCAACAUCCUCAACCUGAACAGCUUCUUAAGGACUAUCCGUGCACGCCGAGACCUGUCCGAGUGCGUCAAAUGGUUUCCCUAUAACAAUAUAUAUACAGAACUUGUUGUACAGUGCUUCAAAGACGAUGGUUUUGCCCUGAUCAAGGAUAUGGCUGCGGAGCUGCAGAUGCUAACGCCGCAGGAUAAGCCGUUCGAGGAGCAAUUUGCGGACAUGUUCGUCUACUUGGCUAAUGGUAGCGACUAUGAUCAAUCUCCCCAUGGCUGCUUAUUUCAAUUAGAGCAAUUCAAGACACUGCUACACGCGAUUCUGGUAGCCUCGUUCUCGCGCGUGGAGGUUCUGCGCAUCCCGUCCUGGCAAGACAGUGAAAAGUUUGAGCCAGUAUUGAAUAAAUUUGCAAGGCGACGUUUGCAACGAGUCGGGAGGAUGGUAAGCGACAGAUGUGCCCGGAGUUCUAUGUCGUCCCUGCACACAGUCAUAAUUGACGACUGGCGAGAAAGUUGUUGGCACUGGGAACACGAAGACGGUCACAGCUAUGUCGAGGAAAAUAAUAUACAUCUCGAUCCCCGCGAGCUUUUGUUUGGCUGCGCCACUUCCCUAAAGCAGAUUAUAUUUUAUCGCUGCGAUGCACCAUAUCUAUGGCCAGCAGAUUCUGGGGGGGCCAACCCGAGGACGAUCUGGUCUGACCUGCCAGAUCUAAGAGCGGUGGAAUUUAGCAAGAUGGCAUGGGGUGCAUCCGAAUGCUAUGCUGAUGCUCCGGAGAGGCCAGUGACGCAAGAACAGCAGGAUGUGGCUUAUGCCAGAAUAGAGCAGAUGGUAACCGAGUGCAGCAAACUAACCUCGUUCAAGAUGUCUACCAUAUGCAUUGACUACCCCCGAUUCUACAAUACGUUUUCUCUGCACAGGCUGCUGCAGAGCCUGCUUGUGGCCGCCUCACGUCUGGAGACUUUUGAGAUUAACACAGAGCAUAUAAGGUACCGAGCUGGCUCGACUGCUACGCUAGCCGCGGACUUCUCCUGCUUUCCCAAACUGCAGCGGUUAUCUUUUGAUGAAGAGUGCAUUUGCCAGCACUGGACUUACGGAAUCUAUAAUGACCAAUAUGAUCCCCUCAAUCCCUGUGAUGAAGGAGAAGAGUACCCGCCUGUGUGCAGAAACAACCACUGCCUUGUGGACAUGCUCCCGCCAGUUGCGUCUCUCAACAUUCAACUCGCACCAAAUCCUCGAAUCAUUCCAGAUAUUCUUCAGCUGGAGAAGGCGGUCAGAGAAGGAAGAUUCCCUAACCUCAAACACCUUACGCUCGAAACUUGCUUGCGCAUCCCCAAAGCCAAGCUGCGGCAAAGUCUGGAAAGUUACGAGAGAAACGAGAUACACCACUCCCACAGACAGGACUUUUACAGGAACAUUGAAGCUCAACCUAAAAUGCAGGCCCUUGUACCAACGAUAGAAGAAGCAUUUCGAGGGUCUAGUGUGUUUGUCGAGGUGCUAGUCAUUCCACGUUUUUCGUAGGCAAAUGCUAUGUGCAACUUGCCUUCUAUAGAAAAGAAUAGAUGGUAUCUACAAUAGACAAAGUCCACGCGAAAGGUCUUACGAAAGGGCUCCAUGGCCGACUUGAAUAUGUACACACAUCCAGGGACCUACGGAUAUUGUUGGUUCCCAGUUCACGCUAAACCGGGAACCGAAGACUUCAUCAAGGACGGGUGCCAUUGUCAUGCAGGACUUUUGUAUAACGGAAAGGAGCUCCCGUACCGGACAAAAGGCAAAGUCGGACCCCAUGAAGUCGGCCACUGGUUGCUUCUGUACCAUACAUUUCAGGGCAAAUGCACCGAACCAAAUGAUGGCGUUGCGGAUACACCCCAGGACAACUAUUAUAGUCCAAGUAAGUGUCCUACAAAAUCAGACAUGUGCCCGAAAGAUCCUGGCGACGACCCUAUCCAUAACCUUAUGUCGGCAGCUAGCGACGAGUGCAUCAGAGAGUUUACGCCUUGUCAGAUCGAGGGGAUGAAGAAAGCGUGGGUUACAUAUCGCGAAGGCAAAUAGAUGUAGAUUAUUCAAAUACUCGAGAUCAGUUUUACAUGUAGUAUUCAAUCAUAUGUAACGUAUAUACUAGGCUAAGGUCCUUGAUAUCGUAGCAUUGGUACAUCAACAUAUGCAAGGUUAAACAAAAAUGUAGACUUGUAUUCCUUAGACUACGCCGACUUUGCCAUUUUCUGGAGUAACGGGGUCAAGCGGCUCCUGAGUGUCAGAGUGGGUAGCAUCCGCAUAGAGAAUCUGUGCCAUGUGCUCGUCUUGCAUGUAGGACUUGUUACCCUUGGUAAACCAGAAGAUGAGGGAAAUGACAAUCAUGACACCAAAGACAGCAAUAGCAUAGUUCAUGUCUUCUGUGCUGGGAUCGGGAGAGCCAGGGAAGAAGAAGAAGACAGUGGUAACAGCGCAGUAUGCAAGAGCAACAAUGUUGACAACGGGGGCCCAGCGGCCCAUGCUGAAUUCGCCGCCAGGCGGGAGGCAGCUUGUACCCUGAAGAAAAACGACAGUGAUGGGCAUGGCAUAUGAAAUGGUCAAGGCAAUGGUGCUAACACUGAAGAUAGCAGACAGGACAGUAGACGAGAAGAGGUACAAGACGCCAACAAUGGAAACGAUGCCUGCCUGAAGCCACAAGGCGCGGACGGGGACAUUCCAACCCUUGUCAACGAAGGAGAAGUAGUUGAAGAAGGGCAUGCCGCCGUCACGGGCAAAACUCCAGGUCAAGCGAGACGAAGACGUUAGGAUACUGAUGCCCUGGCCGAAGCCGUUGAAGAUGAAGAGCGAGAUGAAGACCGCGGCACCUUCCAGGCCAACGGCGUCCUGAACAAGCUGGACCCAGGGGACAUUGGAGUCGGAGUUGGUCAGCUCGUCAACGUCUUGGAUGCAGAAGAGGCAGACGACCAUGAAGAGCCAGCCCGAGACGGCACCGCAGAUGAUGGACAGGUUCAUGACAAGGGGGACAUUCUUUCUCGGGGCAGGAAUCUCCUCCACCAUGUGGAUGACGGAGUCGAAGGCGGUCAGACCGUAUGCAGAUUGGGCGAGACCAAGCAAAAAGGCAACGCCGUUAGGCCAACCCGUGUUGUUGAUCCAGCCACCAAAGACAAACUGGGGGGUCUGGAAGUGCUUACCGUCGCGGGUGCCAACAGCAAUAGGUAGUGCCAGGGACAUGGCGACAAAGAGAGCCACAAAUCCGACGGCAACAAAGUUGUUGAACCAGGGGAGAAUGCGGUCAUCGCGGCACGCCACGUGGUUGAAGGCUGUAAAGGCCACCGUGAUGCCAAUGUAGAUGAGGAAUUUGACCCAGCCCUUGUUGACGCCGUCCCAGUCGGGAUCAAACAUGACCUUCAUCUCAAGAAGAAAAUCGGUCAUGAAGGCGUUUUGGGAGGCCGUCAGGGUCCACCAGCCAAACGUGUUGAUCCAGGCGCACAUGUACGACACGAAGCGCGACCACUUAGAGUCCCAGAUGCGGAUGAUCCAGUAGGCCUGGCCGAGAGCUGUGGGCAUGGAGCUAGUGAGCUCGCCAAGAGAGAAAGCCACGCAGAGGUUGCAUACCAAGACGAGAGCAAGGCCCCAGAGGAUAGUGAGAGGGCCGCCAUUGUUGAGGCCGGUGGCAAAGGAUUGACUGUUUGUUGUCCAGGUGCCGAGGACGCAAAAGGCAAGCGAGAGCAUGCUCCAUUUGUUGAACUUGCGGGAGAGGGUUUCGGAGUGGCCGAGGGCAGCUAGAUCCGCGAUAUCGCGCGCGGUCUGCUCCUCGGUGUUGAGGCGGGUGAGAUCAUGGCCUUUGCCGUGUGAAGACGACGGUUCGUCGUGGGAAGUGUUCAUAUUAUGCACGUGUCUGUCCCAAUGAUGCGUCUAGUCGUUGUCAUUCUCUAGGGGUUGGUUGAGGGGGGUGAUAUCUGGCCGGGGAAAGCCAAGAGAGAGUCGCGCAGUUGCGAGAAAAGGGAAUUGGGUAGAAGAGUAGUAGUAGUAGUAGUAGCGUCUUGCGAUGCGAUAGGAGGUUGGGCUUGCAAGCUCGUUGGCUCGAGGGACGAGCAGAUGCCGCUGUUAAAAGGCACGACGUUCCAAGGUGUGGGUGACCAAGGCGCCGGUUCUAAUGCACGGAGGCGUAGUGGCUUGCGCUGGCGGUUUCUUAGAGAGAGAGUAGACAGGCGCCCCUUGCAAGAAAGAGACGCAGAGGGGGAUGUUAAUGGCGCGGAGGGGGGUGUGGGAGAGAGAGAGAGUGAAGGCUAAUGAUGGAUGAUAGUCGACAGCAGCAGCAGCAACAGGAGAUUGCCGACGCCCUCUUUUUUCGUGGCAGAAGCUAAGCACGGCAGGGGAGAAUGUAAGAAGAAGGAGAGGCGGCUGUCUUCAUUGUCACCAGCAAAAAAGGGACGGACGGGCUGACGGCGUGUGUUGGCUCGGUAAAUGGCUCUUUGCGCUGGGAUGGUAGCCUAGUUGCUUGCUGCACCCCGACCACUACAGCGCUGGAACAGUCGCUAGCACAGUGCCCCUACAGCCCCCAAAAUACAGGUAGUUAGUUCUAGCCCCCGGUAACGGAACGGAACAGGAAGAAGGGGCGGAGUUGCUGAUGGGCGAUUGGGCGUUGAU